AAAAUGUUACCCUACGCUAUUUGUGACCAUUUCUUCAAUGCGAUUUCAAAUAGACAAAGAUUCUGAAAACAGAAGUCGGACCGAAUAAAGCCGCCAGUUGAUGAAAAUACGAAGUGGUUUCUGGAUGCAAGCCCAGUGUGGAGACUGAUAAGAAUCAAGUUCUCGCUCCCGCUCCCGCCAAUUUUAUCAACUAUUAUCGACUUCUUCUGCUUGGAGGGAAACCAACACGGAUCCUUGUAUUCGAGCUUUCAGGGUCUUCAUUGACUUGAAUAAACCAGAGAGCCAACUUUUCUGGGAUGAUUUGCUCAAAUUUGUAGAACAUUAACUCAACUAUGGCAGCGACAAAGCCUAGGACAAGCAGCUUCUCACGCAACUUUUCUUCUGCACAUUCAUCUCAGGCCCCAGGACUUAAACAUGGUCCCAAUGGCACCACAUUCAUCUCAUCUGGAAUACCAGACCUUGACAAAAUUCUUUGUGGUGGGUUUCCUUUGGGAAGCUUAGUCUUGGUGAUGGAAGAUGCAGAAGCUCCACAUCACAUGCUUUUAUUGAGGAAUUUUAUGUCUCAGGGACUGGUUCACAACCAUCCCCUGCUGUAUGCUAGUCCAUCCAGAGACCCAAGAGGGUUCUUGGGUACUUUGCCGAGUCCAGGGACAUCCAAAGAUGAUAAAUCUCGUGACAAUUUUGCUGAACAGGAGAAGGGCUUAAGGAUUGCUUGGCAAUAUAAGAAGUAUUUUGGCGACAGUCAAGAGAGUGUCAAUAAUCUCAUCGAUAGUAAAUACGAGUUUUGCCAUGACUUUGAUUUGCGAAGGCCCUUUGAUAGACACUUUUUCAGCGGGAAGCAUGUGGAAUGUGUUAGUAUUCUAGGUUCUCCAAGUAUUUCUACUUUACAUGAUCGUUGUGCCACAUUCUUGUCACAAGUUCCAAGAAAUGAUGCCAAUAUAUCCUCUGCUGGCCGUAUUGCCAUUCAAUCGUUAUGUGCUCCACAAUGCGAGCAUUCCAACAUGGAAUGGGAAAUGCUUUCCUUUUUAAGGUCUCUGAAAAGCAUGCUAAGGUCCUCAAAUGCCGUAGCUGUAGUGACGUUUCCGCCUUCUCUUCUUUUGUCGUCMUUCUCUAAAAGAUGGCAGCAUAUGGCAGACACAUUACUUUCUGUCAAAGCAAUCCCAGAUGAGGAUAAGGAAUUAACAAAGCUCCUCACUGGUUACCAAGACAUGGUUGGCCUUCUCAAUGUGCAUAAAGUAGCUCAAAUCAAUACACAGGUUCCUAAGAUUCUUGAGGCUACUACGUUCUCUAUAAAGUUGCAAAAGAGAAGGUUUUUAGUUUUAGAAUGUCUUAAUCAAGCGCCUAUUGAUGGUUCGAGUGGGAGCUCAUAUGGCUCUACUGGGAGCUGUUCUGGAUCCUCUAAGACAGGUACUCUAGAGUUUUAGUAUCCAAGUGAUGCUAGCAUGAAGAGUUGGAGAGCUGAAUGUUUGAAGUUAAGUGUGAAGUUUAGGUUGAUUUUGAUUGUCGAAUAUUUAUAUUUUUCCUUUGUCACAAAUAACGUUAUUAAUCAACCCACCUCUCUGGUCUCCAUUCUUGUAUUUUAAAAAUUCCUCUAAAUAUUUAGAAACAAGGGAAAAGAUAUACUUUUAAAA